ACUAAUGUUCAGCACCCCCGUGAGGUUGGCCCUGUCAUCGUGGUAGAGGGCAUGCUUUUUAUAGGUGGGGAAACAGGCUCAGAGAGGUUCAAGUGACUUGCUCAAGGUCACACAGUGAAGAAGUUCUAUCUUGCUUCCAACUGCCAGGCUCCAUUUCCCCCUCAGUAAGAACUUGUCCAAGGUGCAUUGAUUGAGUGCCCAUGGGCUGCUGGGCGGGGCCUGGGGUGCUGGGGAUACGGUGACAAACACAACAGAACCUCACAAGAGUGAUGCAGGAAGUAGGGAGGGGAGAGGAGAGGAGGAAGCUCAGGGACAGAGGUGGCCAGGAGAGUUUGGAGCUGAAGAGACCAGCACAAUACCCUCCCCUCCCCCCACUCCUCCUCUCCCACACUGCCCUUCGCCCUCCUAGUUCCUCCUGCCCCUGGUUCCUCUUUUCCACUAACUCUGGGAGCAGGUCAGCGCACAUAAAGCCAGGCCUCCUCCCUGGUGGGGCUGCAGGGGUACAGUGCUCAACAUGCCCGCCCAAGCGCAGGCCCUGCUGCCGCUGCCGCUGCUGCCACUGCUGCUGCUCACCUUGCCAGCCACAGGCUCAGACCCUGUAUUCUGCUUCGCCCAGUAUGAGGAAUCUACGGGCAAGUGCAAGGACCUCCUUGGGGGAGGGGUCAGAGUGGAAGAAUGCUGUCUCAAUGCUGGCUAUGCCUUCCAGAAGCCUGGCAGCAAUCUCUGUAUGGUGUGCAGGCUCCCACAGUGGUCACCGUGGUCCGCAUGGACCCCCUGCUCAGUGACCUGCACUGAGGGCUCCCAGUUGCGGCACCGGCACUGCACAGGCUGGGGUGAGCAAUGCUCCCCCGAGAAGGUGGAGCCUGGAACCCUCCAGUGGCAGCUACAGGCCUGUGAGGACCAGCCAUGCUGUCCUGAGAUGGGUGGCUGGUCCGACUGGGGACCCUGGGCAGCUUGCUCUGUCACCUGCUCUAGAGGGAUCCAGAUUCGUCGUCGAGCAUGUAAUCGCCCCACCCCCAAGUGUGGGGGCCACUGCAUAGGAGAGGCACAGGAGUCAGAGCCCUGUGAGACCAAACAAGUCUGCCCCACACACGGGGCCUGGGCUGCUUGGGGCCCCUGGGGCCCCUGCUCAGGCACCUGCCACGGUGGACCCAAUGCAGCUGUGGAGAGACGAAGCCGCACAUGCUCUGCACCUGAGCCCUCCACACAGCCUCCUGGGAAUCCCUGCUCAGGGUCAGCCUAUGAGCAGCGGGCCUGCACUGGCCUGCCACCUUGCCCAGUGGCUGGGGGCUGGGGGCCAUGGAGUGCUGUGAGCCCCUGCCCUGUGACCUGCGGCCUGGGUAAGAUCCAGGAACAACGGACAUGUGAUCACCCUGUGCCCCAGCAUGGGGGCCCCUUCUGUGUCGGUGAUGCCACCCGGACGCACGUCUGCGGGACGGCUGUGCACUGCCCUGUGAAUGGACAGUGGGGGCUCUGGGGGGAGUGGAGCAACUGCAUCCGCCCAAGCAUUAAAAACAUCAGCUGCCAGGAGAUCCCAGGCCAGCAGACACGCUCCAGGAUCUGCAAGGGCCGCAAAUUUGACGGACAGCGAUGUGUUGGGAAACAGCAGGAUAUCCGGCACUGCUACAACAUCCAGCGCUGCUCCUGGAAAGGCUCCUCCUGGUCGGAGUGGAGUACCUGGGGGCUGUGCAUACCCCCAUGUGGACCCAACCCCAUCCGCACCCGCCAGCGCCUCUGCCAGGCCACGCUCCCCAAGUUCUCGCCCACCGUUACCAUGGUCGAAGGUCAGGGUGAGAAGAACGUGACCUUCUGGGGGAAACCGUUGGUACAGUGUGAUGUGCUGCAAGGGCAGAAGGUGAUGGUGGAGGAGAAACGGCCAUGUCUACACGUGCCUCCCUGCAAAGAACCCUGAGGAUGAGAAUUCUCACAUCUCUCUCUUCCACUCUGACCCCCUGACCUCUCAGACUUCAAUAAACUAGUCUUUUUCCCAGGA